AAGAAGAAGAAGAGGAAGAAGGGGAGGAGAGAGGAAGAAUGGGGGAGGGUCGGUCGCUGGCGGAGACGCCGACGUGGUCGGUCGCCACCGUCACCACCGCCAUGGUCGCCGUCUGCUUCCUCGUCGAGCGCUCCAUCUCCCGUUUCGGAAAGUGGCUGAAGAAGACGAAGAGGAAGGCGAUGUUGGCUGCUCUGGAGAAGAUUCGCGAAGAGCUUAUGCUACUCGGGUUCAUAUCGCUAAUGCUGAGCCAGACGGCGAGGUGGAUCUCCGAGAUCUGCAUGCCAUCGUCUCUCUUCUCUAGUCGUUUCUAUACCUGCUCCAAGAAUGACUUUGAAGAUCUAUUGAGUGGCGACACCGAGUCAGGCCUUUCAAAUCAAACAACACUUGCCAAGACCUUCUAUGGUGGCUCACCUCCACAUCAGUGUAGUGAGGGUCAUGAACCAUUUGUUUCACUCGAAGGCCUUGAGCAGCUACACCGCUUCUUGUUUAUUCUUGGGAUUACUCAUGUUUUGUAUAGCUUCGUCACGGUUGUAUUAUCCAUGUUUAAGAUAUACAGCUGGAGGAAAUGGGAAAACCAAGCCUAUCCUCUAUCUAGUCAGGAUUUGCAAGCUAGGAGAAGUAAAAUGAUGAGAAGGCAGUCCACAUUUGUUUUUCAUCAUACAUCUCAUCCGUGGAGCAAGAACAAGAUCCUUAUUUGGAUGCUCUGUUUCAUACGCCAAUUUAAGGGCUCUAUCACAAAGUCAGACUAUAUGGCUCUGCGUUUGGGCUUCAUAACUAAUCAUAUGCUGCCGCAUUCUUAUGAUUUCCACAAAUACAUCGUGCGGAGCAUGGAAGACGAUUAUCACGGAAGUGUCGGCAUCAGCUGGCCACUCUGGGUGUACGCCAUAAUAUGCAUUUUUGUAAAUAUUCAUGGUCUUAAUAUCUACUUCUGGUUAUCCUUUGUCCCUGCUAUCUUGGUCAUGCUGGUGGGGACGGAGCUUCAACACGUGGUCGUUCAAUUAGCUUUAGAGGUUGUUGAGGCAACGGGGCCGUGUGUUGGGACACAGCUGAAGCCGCGUGAUGAUCUCUUUUGGUUUGGGAAGCCGGAAAUCCUCUUGUGGCUAAUACAAUUUAUCUCGUUUCAGAAUGCAUUUGAGAUGGCAACACUUAUUUGGUCGCUGUGGGAAUUAAGUGCACAGGCAUGUUUCAUGAAGAACCAUUACAUGGUCAUAAUUCGCUUGGUUUCAGGGUUGCUAGUUCAAUUUUGGUGCAGCUACUGUACACUGCCUCUUAAUGUGAUUAUUACUCAGAUGGGAUCUAAGUUCAAGAAAUCUUUGAUAUCCGAGAGCGUGCGGGAGUCGCUCCACAGUUGGUGCAAGAGAGUCAAAGGGAAGGCUAAGCGCGACUCGUCGUCGCUCUCGCGGCUCGAAACCGUUAGGUCGACGUGCUCGUUGGAGUCGACCGUCUACGAAACGGAUGAAACGAACACGGUCGGCACGUUGUCGAGAACCAUUUCGAGGGCCUCUUUAGACGAGCUCGCCACCACCGCCACCGUCGACGAGGAGCCGGCACAAAGCAAACCUCACCUCUAAUUGUAAGCAUUGCUAGAAAAAUCCAUAGGUUAUGUGCAAACAUCUCCACAAAGGAGAUUUCGACCCUCUCAGCUAACAUAUUAUUUGAUUUUAGAAAAUUUCAUGUGGUUGAAGAUACACAAGUAUUUUGUUGAAGUAACAGAAUGUUCUGUAGUUCCAUCGAAAAUGUUACAAACAUGAUUACCUUUUGAUAAUUUAUUUAAGAUAAAAAA